GGCGGGGCGGGCCGGGGCCUGCGCUGGGCCUGGCGCGAGGGGCGCGGCCCCGGCGGCACAGACAGCGCGGCUGCGGACCGGGACGCACCAUGUGCGGCAUCUUUGCUUACCUGAACUACCAUGUGCCCAGGACGAGGAGGGAGAUCCUGGAGACCCUCAUCAAGGGGCUGCAGCGCCUGGAGUACCGGGGCUACGACUCUGCAGGUGUGGGACUGGAUGGAGGAAAUGACAAAGACUGGGAAGCCAAUGCUUGCAAAAUCCACAUUAUCAAGCAGACGGGGAAAGUGAAGGCUCUGGAUGAAGAGGUUCACAAGCAACAGGACAUGGACCUGGACAUCGAGUUCGACGUGCACCUGGGCAUCGCCCACACGCGCUGGGCCACGCACGGCGAGCCCAAACCUGUGAACAGCCACCCGCAGCGCUCCGACAAGAACAACGAGUUCAUCGUCAUCCACAAUGGCAUCAUCACCAACUACAAGGACCUGAAGAAAUUCCUGGAGAGCAAGGGCUACGACUUCGAGUCGGAGACGGACACGGAGAGCAUCGUCAAGCUGGUCAAGUACAUGUACGACAACCGCGACAGCGACGACAUCAGCUUCUCCACGCUGGUGGAGAGGGUCAUCCAGCAGCUGGAAGGUGCUUUUGCCCUUGUGUUCAAGAGUGUUCAUUACCCUGGGCAGGCAGUUGGUACCAGGCGAGGCAGCCCCCUGCUCAUCGGCGUGCGCAGCGAGCACAAGCUGUCCACGGACCACAUCCCCAUCCUGUACCGCACAGGGAAGGACAAGAAGGGGAGCUGCAACCUGUCCCGGGUGGACAGCACCACCUGCCUCUUCCCUGUGGAGGAGAAAGCUGUGGAAUAUUACUUUGCUUCUGAUGCCAGCGCUGUCAUCGAGCACACCAACCGCGUCAUCUUCCUGGAGGACGACGACGUGGCGGCCGUGGUGGACGGCCGUCUGUCCAUCCACCGCGUCAAGCGCACGGCCGGCGACCACCCGGGCCGGGCCGUGCAGACCCUGCAGAUGGAGCUGCAGCAGAUCAUGAAGGGUAACUUCAGCUCAUUCAUGCAGAAGGAAAUAUUUGAACAGCCAGAAUCUGUUGUUAAUACCAUGAGAGGAAGGGUCAACUUUGAUGAUUACACUGUGAACCUGGGUGGGCUGAAGGAUCACAUCAAGGAGAUCCAGAGGUGCCGGCGUUUGAUCCUCAUCGCCUGUGGCACGAGCUACCACGCAGGAGUGGCAACCCGGCAGGUGCUGGAGGAGCUGACGGAGUUACCUGUCAUGGUGGAGCUGGCCAGUGACUUCCUGGACAGGAACACCCCCGUGUUCAGGGACGAUGUCUGCUUCUUCCUCAGCCAGUCAGGGGAGACUGCAGACACCCUGAUGUGCCUCCGGUACUGCAAGGAGAGGGGAGCCCUGACCGUGGGCAUCACCAACACCGUGGGCAGCUCCAUCUCCCGCGAGACCGACUGCGGCGUGCACAUCAACGCGGGCCCCGAGAUCGGCGUGGCCAGCACCAAGGCCUACACCAGCCAGUUCGUGUCCCUGGUGAUGUUUGCCCUGAUGAUGUGUGACGACAGGAUCUCCAUGCAGGAGCGGCGCAAGGAGAUCAUGAGGGGGCUCAAGGGGCUGCCAGACUUGAUUAAGGAGGUGCUGAGCAUGGAUGAUGAGAUCCAGAAGCUGGCCACGGAGCUGUACCACCAGAAGUCUGUCCUCAUCAUGGGACGUGGCUACCACUACGCCACGUGUCUGGAGGGAGCCCUGAAAAUCAAAGAAAUCACCUACAUGCACUCGGAGGGGAUCCUGGCUGGGGAGCUGAAGCACGGCCCCCUGGCCCUGGUGGACAAGCUCAUGCCUGUGAUCAUGAUCAUCAUGAGAGACCACACCUAUGCCAAGUGCCAGAACGCUCUGCAGCAGGUCAUUGCACGCCAGGGCCGGCCCGUGGUGAUUUGUGACAAGGAGGACAUCGAGACCAUCAAGAACAACAAAAGAACAAUCAAAGUGCCCCACUCGGUGGAUUGCCUGCAGGGCAUCCUGAGCGUCAUCCCCCUGCAGCUGCUGGCCUUCCACCUGGCCGUGCUCCGCGGCUACGAUGUUGAUUUUCCAAGAAAUCUGGCCAAGUCCGUAACUGUAGAGUGAAAGAUCAUCUGAAUCAUAGGGGCAAAGGGGAAUUCAAUGAAAGACUUUUUUUGGUACCAAAAUAACUCGAUUUUAAAGCCCCCUAGGUAAAUCUUAUUUUGGUAAAUCGUUGUUUGUGUACAAGAUCACCAUAAUUCCAUUGCAUUAGUGAUUGUCCAGUUGAUUCCACAUCAAUAGCUCUGGAUUUUUUUUUUUUGUUUUUUUGGAUCAAUAGACUUCCAUGAAAGAUGUUAAAUGGUUUUCCUUAAAGAUUGCUGAGUCCUCUAGGUGAGGGGUUACUCUGAGCUGGUGUCAUUGUCCCUCCCCUGACGUGGCUCAUCCCAGUCACUGAUGGGAAAGCUCUGAAGGAUUCUCAGUGCCCUGUGGUGCUCUCAGGCAGUGGAGCAGGACCCCAGGACACACAACUGGAACAAGAGCUGGCACUGCUCACGCCUGGGCAGGAAUUCCAGCAGUGAAGGAAGCUGCAGGCAAGCCUUGGGGUGAGCCCCUGCCUCAGGAGCAGGAGGGAAUUCAGCUGGCACAGCCUGCUGGGAAGGUGCCAGGGAGCUGAUGCUGCUCCAGAGGGGUUUUAUCCAUGCCAAAUCCAGAGCAAGUGACAAUCUCCUAGCCAUGGUGGCCACGGGACCCCAGCCUGGCUGGGCUGAGGGCACAGGGGUGGCCAGGGCUGGCUCUGAGCUGCUGCUGCUGCUGCUUGGGGCUGCUAAAACAAGGGGAGCUUUUCCUGUGCUGAGGAUUUCCCCUGGAACUGGGGGGCACUGAGAGCACACCUGGCUGUGACACACCUGGCUGUGACACACCUGAGUGACCCAGCUCUGUGCAACACACCUGAAAGGGAUAAAAAGGCUCCAUAAACACAACAGAAACAACCUUUGAAAAUUGCCUUGGUAAUAAAGAAAUUGCCUAAAGAAAUUACCUUGGCCAUGUUUCUGUAACAAGCUUGAAGAGAAUCAAAAAUGAGACAGAAAAUAACACCUUCAGGACUGAAAACCUGACUUUGUCAGAGUCAUCAAAGGGCAGUUAUUAUGCAUUUCCUAAUGUGGAAAGGUGAAUUUCCUCCCAUCUUGCUGGGUUUUGAAUUGGCUUUCCACAGGCAUUGUCAAACCUGCUGGUGACUAUUCCAGGUGAUUUACUGCCCCUGAAAAAUGGCUUUAGCAAAUGGGGAGUGCCCAGUUCCCCUGGCACAGGGGAGUAUUCCAAAGACUCUGUGGCAAUUCUGCUUGGUGUAAACCCACAGGGACUCCUUCACUUCAGUGCCAGCAAAGGCUCAGAUGAUGAGAAUGAAAUGAAAUGAAAUGAAAUGCUGUGUGCCUGGAAAAGCUUCUCCAGUGCAUGUGUUUAUGAACCUGUCCCACCUGUUGGUUUGUGAACACGCCGUGCUGCUGGUGUCUGUUCAAGAGCAAAGUGGUAAAUUCUGCAUUUUAGUUCAGCACAAGCUGUGUGUGAGGCACUGCCCUGGCCUAAACAUCACCUCCCUGUAGCCCUCCCUGCUUCCCUGGAGGAGGAGAAUUGAGGGAAAAACAAGGAUUUUGCAGUGCUCACAGGUGGGAGAGAGGUGCUCUUCCUCCUCCUCCUCCUCCUCAGCUUGCUUCAGAGCCCCUGCAGGGCUGGCCCAGGGAU